AUGUAUACCUGUCAUAGCCGUCAAAUCCAACCUGUUGGCCCAGUGCAGGUUUGCUGAUCAGACACUGGCCUGCUUUCCCAUUGGUGCUCCUCCUAAUAGGAUCCCAGGGACUAUGAUUGGGGGAUUACCAUAUCCAUACUGUACCCUCGACAUUGGCCAGUCCGUGUCCUCCACCAUGGGCACAGCAGGAAUUUAGGGGUGCACCUUGACCACGCACAGACCACACCAGAGGGGUUCCAUCCAAAACAAACGGGGGUUGUCAUUGUCAGUAAUUGUGUGAAACGAAGGGUCACUGUUGUGGUGCAACCAUAACCUGAUGAUUUAAAGGAUCAUAGUUUUGCUGUCAAAAAAGGACGUGAAUUAUCAAAUAUCUAUUAGAUUCAUUGUUUUCUUGGCCUUCAGUUUUUGUCUCACUAAUUCAAUUGGAUUACUUCAGAGAUGUUUUAUAUUUUCCUUUCUACGUGAAAGCUUUGGAUUAUCGUCCCAACCCGAACCUGUCCUUCACCAUCAGACGGAUCUUCCUUCUUAUUUCAACCCACAGGAACAACUUACAGGAGAUCAACCUGAUAAUAACUCACGAACGCACCCUGGAAAGGCCAAGCCGUACCUGUCUUCGUGUGCGUAGCAACGUGGACGGUCGUUACCUGAUGGAUGGAGUCCCCUUCAGCUGCUGUAACCCCGGCUCCCCUCGGCCCUGUCUCCAGAACCACCUGACUGACAACGCUGCUCACUACAACUAUGAGCACCAGAGUGAGGAGCUGAACCUGUAUAUCCGCGGCUGCAGACAGGCGCUGGUCGACUACUACAUGGGCCUCAUGAACACCAUCGGCCCCGGGAUUCUGUCGGUCAUCUCCCUGCAGAUGUCAGUGUUGGUGAGUCUGCGGUACCUGCAGACGUCUCUGGACGGUGUGGAUCCGGAGAACCCUGAAGCUGACAGCGAGGGCUACAUCCUGGCGAAGGGGGUGAAAGAAACCAUGAUGGACGUCAAGAACACCAUGUUCAACCUGCUCCAGUUCGGACAGGUGGAAGCAGGUGAUGAGGCAGAAGCAGGGGAUGACGGUGAGAAGGCAGCCACGUCCAGCUAGAUGAAAUAUAAUAUAUAACCAUAUAUGGGUUUGAGAYAGGAAGGGAGGCUUCUUAGUUCUGUGACCUCAUUGUGGUCUAGCCUGUGACCAGGCUAAUGGUGGGCUAGCUAGAGCUCUGUGUUUGGCUUUGACACAGGCACUGAACUUUUUGGCUUGAUUUAUACUGCAACAAUGUACGAGCACUAAAAUACAUAAGGAAUCUUAUCUUAUCAUGCUCUGCACAGACAAGACAAGAUCUAACAAUGCAGAGGCUUUUUAACCUGACAGAAUUUGGAAUGAUAAUCUUUGAGUCAAGAACAAAACAUGAAAGUCAAGAAGACACUGGAAGGCACCGAAGAACACACACAUUCACAACAGAAUUCACACACACAUUUUAUAAAUACUCAAAAAGAAUACUCACAUACUCGUACACAAGUAAAUGAAAACACACACACUUUGAAGUACACUAAUGUUCUGAUGAUCUUUGAUUCAGAUCUGACUAAAUCUAAAGCACACAGUUAACGUAAUAAUACAAAGACUCACCCUGUGUGAAGAAGGCCUACAGUCAAUUGAAUACUGAAAUGGCUAUAGAGUUUGUUAACGCACUGCUAAGUAACGUGUCAAGAUGAUGUGAAGUUGGCAUCAGGCAUUUAAUAUAUUAAAGUUAGUUGCUUUUAAUGGAU